UCCGACACCUUGCUCAUUGCUGCUGUCAGUAUGGCUGGAGCAUAUUUUUAGUUCAUCCAUGGAUGAAAGCAACGAUACCAUCAGCCUACAUUUGCAUGUUAAUAUUUGGACAAACUAAUUUAUAUACACACAGUACUAGAAACCAAAUCGGACACUUGAAAAUUCCCUGCUAGGCAACUUGCAAAUGGAAAACAUUUAUUGCCCACUCUUUUACAGUGUUUAAUAUUAUUAUUAACUACCACAAGUUCACUUCUCAACAUGUUGCAAAUUUAUGUAUGGUCUGUGCUUCCAAGCAGCAAACACCGUGGCCAGAUCACCUUAAAUAAUCUGGCUGCUACACGAGAAAAGACCAGCUGAGCCAUCUAGUUUUACGACACAUUCUAUUAAAAUGUUGAGCACUUUAAAUGUUAAUUUAUUAUGCUUGCAUCAUGUUCAUGUUUUCACAAAAGGAAAACAAUUCCCCAAGAGGAAGCACUUAUGAUUUGUUCAAGUAAUGUAUCAGUAUCAUUGUGGUGGUUGAUGCAAGUUAAUGUUUGGAAAGAAGUUCCAAAGCUUUUUUUGGUAUCAGGAGAGGAAAAAGUUGCGAAACGUUUUGGCAUCAGGAGAAAUAAAGUUUUUUUUUCUAUAAACAAUCGGUUUUAAAAAAAUGGAUUGUAAACUGUAUUUUAGUGGCAAAAAAUUGUUUUUUAAGUCCUUGUCAUCGACCUUAAACCUUUUUUUUUCGGCAGCACCCACAUUUCCCGGAAAAGAGGAUUGCACAAAUGUGUUUCUUAACAACUGUACAGAUAACAUUUUUGGACGACCACGGCCGUUCAAUCCCCAAUUCUUAACCAAUGAAUAUAGUGUUACUAAUGAGUUGUUAUCAUGCAUAAUUUCAAAGUAGCUGGCUGAGGUCAACUGUUGCUUCCGCGAAGCGCUCCAGUCUAGAAUCGCUUGACGACAACGUUGUUUACAUUGUGUCAAUGGCAACGGGACUACAAAACCCAGCGCACACAAUAACAAUCGCUUUGCUUGCUAAUGCAUCGCAAAAGUUCACCGAUAAUUUUCCCAAAAUUGCAGUCUCCACACUGCUAGCGGAAUUCAAGUGAUCAUCAGAACUACCGGUUUUAUGAAAGGCUUGUACAAAGAGUACGAAUUGAAGUCAGAAUGCAUCAAGGACAAGGAGAUGAAGAUGGCGUUCCUUCAGAAAGCAAUAGACGUCGUGGUACUCGUGACCGGAGAGCCCCUCGCCGUGAGACCGGCACAGAUUGUUGCUGGACACGAACCCGAAAAGACAAACGAGCUGCUGCAGGCGAUCGCCAAGUGCUGCCUCAACAAGAUUUCCAGUAAAGAAGCAGUGAAGAGAGUUCUCGCGGGAGAGAGGUUGGACGUGCGAGCCAAGGAGAGCGCGUUGAAAUCCCAAGACAAGGACGCCGUGGAUGGACGCGAACCUCAGCCGGACAGAGAGGAGAAAAAGAUGGUCGAACACAGCGAGUGCAGGGUGGAGAAGGAGCGAGAGCAGCCCAGAGAGCAGGAGAGGCCACGUCGAGACGCUCACGACAGAGAACGUUCUGCCAAGAACCACCGGCGGGAACAGGAGACCCCUAAAGAUGUUGAGCAAGACAAGUGUCGCAAACGCGAGCGGGACAGAGAUCACGACGACGCGCAGGCCAACGAGCGGGAGAGGGACAAAGAUCAGGAGAAGGAAAGCGGCAAGAGGGAAAAAGUGAAAAGCACGGAGAGUGAGAGACACAAGCCCAGUGUGUCGCAGAACCAAAGUCCGACCAGAACGAGUCAGCCGUCUUCCGCCAGAGGGCAAAGAUGGAAAAACACUCUUGGAGAUGAAUCAGACGGUGAAGGCAAUAUUCAGAAGGCGCAGAUUGCCCUGAACAAGGAAAGUGGAGACGCUGCCGUUUCCUCACUUUCCUCCGACGUGCCCUCCAGUAACCGCACAGUGCGACCCAGCAGCGCUCGUCCGGCUCCCCCUCGAGUCAAGAAACAGGAAAGCUUCUCCGACGGGGUUCCGGCUGAGAGGCUUUCUAGUGCCAAGUCUUCAGUCAUCAGAGAGGGGAAGAAGCUGUCUGCCGAUGACGACGAGGAAGACGAGCAGUUUCUUGUGGCAGAGGCCGCCCCUGAACCUGCAGAUCCUGCAGACACCGAAUCUACACAAGAGGUCAGCACAGAAGAAAAACAUGGUGGACUUGUGAAAAAGAUCCUCGAGACCAAAAAAGACUACGAGUCGUCACCAUGCUUCAAUAAAUCGAAUGAGAAGCUGGUGUCGGAGGAAGCCCGGAAGAAAGAGCAGGACUUGGUCACGCGGGAGAUAGAGCGGCUGCGUGCGUCCAUCCAGUCGGUGUGUCAGAGCGCUCUGCCUUUGGGGAAGAUCAUGGACUACGUGCAGGAGGACAUCGACGCCAUGCAAGCGGAGCUGCAAAGCUGGCGGAAGGAAAACAAGGAACAUGCGCAGGUUUUGCUGCAGGAGCAGAAUGUGUUUUUGUCUGUUGAUGCUUUUUACAGAGUGACCGACCAGGCAGUCGAACCUCUCAAGGCAGAACUGGGAGAGCUCGACCAGCAGAUGAAAGAUUACCAGGACAAAAUUUGUGCUGUGAGGUCCAACAUAUUAAUGAAUGAAGAGAACAUCCAGAAGAAGUUAGCUGCGAUUAUUUCUUCCAGAUUCUGAAAAGGGGAAAAGUCAACCUGUACUUGAAAUGAACAUUUUUUGUUGCUUCAGUCUUUUUAUUACGCUUGCCUUCAUUCCUUAAAUUGAAGCCUAUUCUAUCUGAUUUUGGACAAAAGAAGCUGGGUACACCCUGGACUAGUCACCGGGACACAUACGGUAUCGUGAAAAAGUAUUUAUUGGUAAAUUUUGGGAGGCCUAUUUUCCCCACUUUCGUUUUUAAAAUCAUCAGACAAAUCCAAAUAUCAAACAUACAAAACGUCACACCUAGAGGUUUGCUUUGCACACUGAGAACCGGAUCGCCACAGGGCCGCGUGCCAAGCCCCCUCCUGUAAUGUAUCUUCACCUUUGACUGCAGCCAAGUCCGUAAUAAUAACUUAAUCGUCAAAUUCGCCAACGACAACAGUGGUCGGGCUGAGUUAUCAAAGGGAGAUGAGCCAGCCUACAGAGGUGAGGUCCCGAAGCCGACAAGCUGGUGUUCGGACAAUCUGGCACUGAACACUGCUAAGACAAAGGAGCUCAUUAUGGACUUCAGGAGGAACAGAACCAACUCCACUCUUCAUUAUCAGCGAAUGUGUGGAGAGAGUCUGUACAUUCAGGUUCCUGGGAGUCCUGAUCUUUGAGUACCUCUCCUGGACAGACAACAUCUCACCGGCCAUCAAGAAAGUUCAACAGCGUCUCCACUUUCUGAGAGUCCUCGGGGAAAAAACCUGGACACGAAGUUGAAGCUGGCCUUGGAGAGCCUGCUGACAUACUGCCUCUCCAUCUGGUACAGGAGGACAAUUAUUGCAUGAUUUAUAAUGACAGGAAAUGCCAUUUUAUUGUAUUUUCAUUGCUCAAUGACUAUCCUCACUUGUUUUUUUUUAUGUCCUAAAUGUAUGUUUUGCCAUCAUUUGCUGUUAUACAGAGUGGCCCCAACAGCUGCAGACAAAUUCCUUUUGUGUCUUGCAACAUUAUUGGCCAAUAAA